AUGGCCGUCGCUGCAACCGGAAGCCUUGUACGGAACUCCGCCGUCGCUGCGAUGGCUUCAACGCCAUGGAACGUGCGUCUGAGAGAGCUCGCUUAUCAAUCCUUGUUCGCCGAAUCAAUCUCUCUCUACCGGUCGAUGCUCCGUUCAGGCUCCUCCCCGGACGCGUUCUCUUUCCCUUUCACUCUCAAGUCAUGCGCCGCACUUUCGCUCCCCGUCUCCGGCCAACAGCUCCAUGGAAACGUCAUCAGAGUAGGCUGCGAGGCUGAGCCCUUUGUGCUGACUUCCUUAAUCUCAAUGUACUGCAAAUGCGGCUUGGUCGAGGAUGCACGCAAGGUGUUCGACGAAAAUCCUCAGUCAAGCCAGCUUCGUGUUUGCUACAACGCUUUGAUCUCUGGCUACACAGCGAACUCGAAGGUAUCCGAUGCUGCGUCUAUGUUUCGUAGAAUGAAGGAGAUGGGCGUAAAUGUGGAUUCGGUUACAAUGCUCGGGUUUGUCCCGGUUUGCUCGGUUCCUGAUUACCUCCGGCUCGGGAAGUCUCUUCACGGCCAAUGCGUUAGAGAAGGAAUAGAUUCCGAGUUCUCUGUUUUGAAUAGUUUCAUCACAAUGUACAUGAAAUGUGGGUCGGUCGAAUCCGGUAGGAGAUUGUUCGAUGAAAUGCCUGUGAAGGGUUUGAUUACAUGGAACGCUGUGAUCUCUGGAUAUUCACAGAACGGAUUAGCUCACGAAGUUUUGGAGCUUUACGAGAAGAUGAAAUCGUCUGGUGUUUAUCCCGAUCCGGUUACGUUGGUUAGCGUUUUGUCUUCUUGUGCUCAUCUUGGAGCUCAGAGGAUCGGUCAAGAAGUGGAGAAGAUAGUAGAAGCCAACGGUUUUGUAUCGAAUGUGUUUGUGAGCAACGCGUUGAUCAGCAUGUAUGCGAGAUGCGGGAACUUGGCAAAGGCGCGUGGUGUUUUCGACGUCAUCCCUGUGAAAAGCUUGGUGUCGUGGACGGCGAUGAUAGGCUGCUACGGGAUGCAUGGAUUGGUGGAGACCGGGCUUGAGCUUUUCGAUGAUAUGAUUAGAAGCGGUGUGAGACCUGACGGGACGGUGUUUGUGAUGGUUCUAUCUGCGUGUAGCCAUUCAGGGAUGACAGAUAAAGGUUUGGAGCUGUUUGAUGCGAUGAAGAGAGUGUAUAAGCUUGAGCCUGGACCUGAACACUACUCUUGCGUUGUUGAUCUAUUGGGAAGAGCUGGUCGAGUAGGUGAAGCUAUGGAGUUUAUAGAAUCAAUGCCUGUUGAAGCGGAUGGUGCUGUUUGGGGAGCUUUGUUGGGUGCGUGUAAAAUCCAUAGGAAUGUGGGUGUUGCAGAGUUGGCUUUUAAAAAGGUGAUUGAGUUUGAGCCUAUGAAUGUUGGCUACUAUGUGUUGAUGUCGAAUAUAUAUACGGACUCGAGGAAUCAAGAAGGGAUCUGGAGAGUGAGAGUGAUGAUGAGGGAGAGAGGAUUCAGGAAAGAGCCUGGGUAUAGUUAUGUGGAACACGAGGGGAGAGUUCACUUGUUUUUGGCUGGCGAUAGAAGUCAUGAGCAAACAGAGGAAGUUUAUAGGAUGCUGGAUGAGUUGGAGAGUUCUGUGAUGGAGAUUACGGGAGACACGGACUGUGAUAGAGAUGGUGGAGAGGUUUUGAGCAGUAGGCGUGAGCAUAGCGAGAGGUUAGCAGUAGCGUUUGCGGUACUCAACAGUGUUCCAGGCACAGAGAUUCUUGUGAUAAAGAACUUGAGGGUUUGUGAAGACUGUCAUGUGUUUAUCAAGAUGGUUAGCAAGAUUGUAGAUCGCAGGUUUGUUGUGAGAGAUGCGUCGCGGUUCCACUAUUUUAAAGACGGUGUCUGCUCGUGCAAGGAUUACUGGUAA